AUGAAUACAAAUCCCGUUAAUCCCGCUGUUUCAUCUGCAUCCAAGUCGGACACCGGGGUCAGCCUUGCUUCAUCUACGUCAAGUGCGGGCAAGAGUUCGGCCUCUUCCAAGUCGAUCACAGUCGACACCUCGAACCUCGACUGGUUCUUCAAUUACAAGGGACCAGCUGCCAAAGAGAAGAAGAAAAAGGUAUGUUUCGGCUGGAUAUGCCUCCGGUUUGAGCAUCUCACGCUCCGCUCCCGUCUGCCUAGCCCGCCCCACCGGCUGUGCCGCUGGUGGACCCCAAUCUGCGUCCCGGUAUCGAGCAGUCACUUCGACGACAUCGGGUUCAUCCAGACGAAGGUUCAUCGACUCGUACAGCGCAAAGGCUUGGCGGUCGACCGCUUUCUAACAGUCUCACAAACGAUUGACAUGAUCGGGCCGCUCGACCACUACUUCUCUCGGAAGGCCCAAGCUGGCAACGCCCAAGCCGGCAAGUUUGAUGACCUCGCAAUACCCCGUGUCGACCUCACUGUGCUGAUAACAGGGUCCUUUGGCCGUUCUCUCGAACCAGGACCCGGUCCUAAUACUCUGGCGACUCGAGGAAAGCAUGCACACGGUGGAGGGACGGCGUCUAUCAAUGUCAGGCGGCAAACUGCACCUGUGAUCACGGUCAAACCGUCCAAAGAUGCCAAGAUCGAGAAGUACGAAGGAAGAUCUCGGCAAAGAGACUGCAUCAAAGCUCAGAUUCGAAUGAUUCAGGAGCCCAGGACCUCACCGGCGCAGAUGGAAAUGAUCAAUAGGCUGGGAGGCGAGGACGGCUAUCUCUCAACUCUAGACAAGUUCAAAGACUGGCCGGUCGGUAGACGACUCAUAGCCAUACUCCUCAGGGAUGGGGAACUAUCGCAGGAUACAGUCUUUCGAGAGCGCGGGGAACACCCGUUUGACGCGCGAACGCCGGGUCACCCCCUUCGUGACCGCAUCGGGAUCUACGUGCACAUCACGACAGUGCGAAACGUUCUCACCGGGGAGUAUGUGACCUUUUUCUACGUCGGGAGUGCGCAAGCUGGAGUUCUCAACCCUGGCGACGAUGUGGUUCGGUUUGCGACGCGUAUGAACGAUUACUUUGCGGUGGACAAGGCAUGGGCUCGGGGAGAUGCCGAAAAGUUUCUCAAGAUCAGGAAUGGCUGCAGGAACCACGGUCGCCAGCAUUGGCCAGCAAAGACCCCCAAGCAACGCAGUGCAGCCGAAAAAGCGGCGGUCGAAUCUGGCCAAACGCCAAGCGAGUACGAUGGCGAUGACUGGGAGUUUGUCCGUACGACUUGGUUCAAGGCCUUGUCAUGGGACUUGGUCGAGCAUUUCACCAUGAUCGCCCGCGGGGACGAGAAAUUGGGCCGGGCUCUAUUGGCAUACUGGAUGCAGUUCAAAGACCGGGAGUGUUUUCAGGACCUUCCGAUCCUUUCCGAUGCCUUGACUCACCUCCUCGAAGGGCACGUCUCCUUGAUGGUCUCGACGGUCGGGACUUCGGUCAAGUUUCCCGGAGAUUCGCAUGCUCGAGAGGUCGCACAACACGCUCAAGUCAAGGCCGAUUUCCCGGACGUCUGGGUAGAACCUCCGCACAACUACCGAUUUGUCGGAUCGAACAUGAAGUUUACCGCUUUUGAGCGGGACAUGCCUCAUCCCAACAUGACCUUGCAAGCCUACCAGAAAAAGGUCGCAGCCAUCAACCGGGUACCUAAAAGCCUAAAAGAGCUGGAAGCCUUGGUGACCAGUGGCUACAAGCCGAUACCCGUCAACCGGGUCGAUAAAAUGGCACUCGGGCUGACCGGGGUGGGAAUCGACCGGGGCGUCAAAGACGCUGCGAAACAGAUCUUGGCCAUGUUGAAGCGAGUCUGUCUUGCCCUUGGUCGGAGCCAGAACGUACCUCUCGAGAAACGCCAUGUACUGCUGCAACCCGGCAAAUGGCACUUCUGGAGAGACGCCCUGAAGCAGUUCCGAAAAUACCCUCUGCCAAUCUCCGAAUCGGACGCGCCGUCGUAUAACAAGAACGAUGGAGCAAUCGAACCGGCCGAGACCGUAGUCCGCAUCGACAAGAAAGAGGAUAAGCACCUGGUCCAAGCGACCCACUGGUCCGCCCACAUUCAUCACCUCGACGAGUACGCUCUUCCGAUGGGCACAGGUACAGACGUCUCUGUGACGAUCUGGCAGGGGAAAAAGGAACUCGACACGAUCAGGCGCAACCUCGGAGACAUUGACGUCGGUUCACGCUGGACCUUGCUCUCUGACGUUGUCUCGACGCUUCGUACCGUCAUCAUGGUGUGCAAGCUGUCCGCAAUCGAAUUGCCAGCCUUCUUUCUGACCAAACCCCGGGUCGACCAGGAGGCACAGGUCUCGUACGCACUCAACGCAUCGGCCAUAGCUGAAAGGCCGUUUGACCGCGGCAUGUCUGAAAGAGGAGCCGAGCUAGUUCGUCACAACUUGAAAUCACUCACCCGAUCAAACCCUGCACCGUGGCUGGAGCCUAUCACGCGGCCCGUGUCUCAAUACACCGCGUUCGGCAAUCCUCCGCAAAAUUUGCCUCACAAUGUCGAGCGGCCCGACACCUUUGUCAACGUGCGAAAUGGGUACCUCGUCUUGCCUCGCCUCCCGCCCGCCGGUUUCAUGCGCGUCAAGAACAAGGCGUACUCGUAUCAUCAGUCAUUGAUGGCGGGCGGGGUGUAUCCCCAUGGCGACCAAUGGACCACUCCGGUGGCUAUUUCCAGUUGGGAACACGAUAUCCGCCGCGCCACCAGGCUACCUGGAGGUUUACAUCUGCUGAGACAUGCCCCGGCCGCCGGCGACGUGCUCUGGACCAUCCUGCUCGAUGAAGUCUUUGUAGACGAGCAAGACCACCCAUCCAUGUUUAGAGCGCUCGAGAAUAUGAUCGACGAGGUCGGUCAGACAAACAAGCGCGCGCACCAGAUAUUCGGUACUCGUCAACUCGCCUUGGUAGCGUGGCCGAUCCAUCAGCCGGAAGGGCCGGUAGAAGCGCGUUUCCCAAAGGUCAAGGACGAGAUGGUUGUCGACCCCCAGCCAAAGGAACCAGGGACGUCCCUCAAGCUCGAGACCCACGCCGGUUCCAAGGAGGAGGAGGUCAGGCAAGAACGCGUCUUGUUUGUCCGGCAGUGCGACAAGGAGGCCCUGGACUCUUGCGAGGUCCAGACGUUCACCCGGUUGACUUUUCAGUACCAACCGGUCGAAUUGGCGGAGCGACCAGUCAUAGCUUCGUACGGCACCACUGCGGAGCGCAUCGGGUUCCUCCUGUCGGAAUUGUCUGUUAACCAAGACCACGCAUCGUUCCUGCUUCAGACGUUGCAGUCCGAGGCGGCCAUGACGUACAACCUUGUCGACCUCAAAUGGAUCGCCACGUGGGAAUCCCUCAUCAGUAAUCUCGUUGCCAAACAUCCCCAGCCGGAGGAUGCCAUCCGACUGAUCUGCCAGUUGGCGACUUCCCCCAAGCGGGCCGCUCAGAACUUGAUCGCUGCGAUCUUGCAGCUUUUCGCAUCGGACAGACUUCGCAACAACAGCAUAUCGGCGACAACAAAGCUCAAAUACCUUAGGGGUUAG